AUGUCUUCGUGGUUCCCGCAGCUCAUGGACGCCUUGGAUUGGGCCCGGCUCUCAUUGCUGAUGCGCAUCGGAGAGCUCAUCGCGCCCCAAUGGCCUCAUCACCACAGCCUGGAUGCGAACUCCCCCGAGGAGUGUCUUUUCGCCAUGCAGCGCAGCAUGCCGCUUGACACGCACUACAGGGCCGAACCGCGGCUCCUGGCGGUGUAUGCGGCUGAGGAGGAGAUCUCGCUGGCAGCGUACCAGCGCUACCGAGCUUUCCUUCAACAGGUGCAGCUUCGGCGGGGCAGCGAGCGCCGACGCUAUGUGCUGAAAGGCCAGCUGCUGCACCUGCACUUCCUUCCGCAGCUCAGGGCUGUCUUCCCUGACGCGCGGGUCAUAUGGCUGCAUCGGCCAGCGGAGCAGGUGGUUGGCUCACUCUGCUCUUUAAGAAGGAGCCAGCAAGAGGUCUUUCUACGCAGGCCUCACGACAAGCUUGAGGUGGGCCGAGGAGCGCUGAGAUAUCUCUCAGACGCGCUCGAAAGGGCUUCGGGUGCUCUUCCAAAGAACGAGGAGGCCGAGCGCUUUUUGCAUGUACAGUACGAGAGCCUCGUGGCAGACCCUGUGGCAGUUGUGGAGAGAAUCUACAACGCCUUCGGCUGGCGCGUGAGUCUUGAACACCGACAGGCAAUGAAGGAGUAUUUGGAGGCGAGCAGUGCGCAGAGACUGCGAAACGAGAAGGGACGCCAAAGAUACCAUGAUGCGUCACUGAGCCACUAUGGCCUGUCGGAGGAGGCGGUGCGCAAACACUUUCAGGCUUGCUCUUCCCUGGCCGACCUGGACUGCCACUCCCUUGACGGCGGCGUGCUGCUCCACUCAGAUCUGCUGACAAGAGAUGCCAAAGGUGCAACAGCUCCCGCGUGA